UUGGAUCAGUAGUUUGUUAAUUAUUUCAUUUUGAAUUAAGCAACUUUUGUAAUUGUGAAAAAAUGGAUAAAAAUUAAUUUCGCGUAUUGGUAAAAUAUUGCUUUUUGAAUGGAAAAAAUACAGUUGAGGCAAAAACUUGACUUGAUUACGAAUUUCCGGGCACUGUACCAUUAAUAGCAACCAUCGAGGAUACGAAUGAUAAGUUUAGACGUGGUGAAAUGAGUACCGAAGAUGGUGAACGCCCUAAGUGGAUUGCGAAAACUUAGACCCAUUUCGAGACAAAGGGCAAACCUAACUAGAAAAAUACAGGGUGGCUUCAUCCUUAAAGGGAAACUACGUUGAAUAAAAGGAAAACGAAUUUUGCAAAAAAUAUGCUUCAAUAUGGUUGACGUGUGACUUUUCAAUUAACAUUUUAAAUACAUAAAUACAUCAAAACUUAUCUGGGCGAGAUGCAACUUAGUUUUAUAAUAGUAUGUAGAUGUUUACUUUAGUCAUUAUUUGCAUUUAAACAGAUGUACUACUUUACCUUGCAAUAAAUGUGUAUACUUAUUUACUUUCUUAAUGUAAAGUGCCUUUAACAACAUCCGAUUGUAGUGAGCGGUUAAUGCAUUUUCUAUGUAAUUAAAGAUGUAUUUAGUGAAAAUCAUUGUAAAACAAAUUUCACUUAAAGAGCAAAAGCGUAUAUAAAAAGUCCGCGCUCUGCAUUUCUGUCACAUAUUUUGAAUAAGAACAUUAUAAAGCUGUUCACAACACAAUAAAGAUGAAUUUUUAUAACGUACCCCUUAUGCUACUUCUGGUCUUGACUGCUCCAGCAGCAUUUGCAAUGCUUGGAAAUGGUCAACCUAAUUGUACCACUCAGGAAGAAAUUGAUAUUCGCAUAUUUCGUAACAAUUGGGAUCCAACUUCCUAUUGGAUAUGCGAAGAACUGAACGAGCCGGCUAUUUUAGGACGAUGUCCCGAACAGAUGGCCUAUCUGGACAGCGUCAAGGACUGUGUUAGUUGGGACGACUGGCAAUGGGAGCAACCUGCAGAUCCUUUGACUGCUGUAGAACAAUCGUAAUUCCUUUCAAUUCAAUGCUUGAAUAAAAAUAACAAUUUCAGAAUCCAAUA